AUUUCCUUGUAAACAGCUGUGGCAUACUUAGAAUUUGGUCGCUAUUAGACUUAAUACAACUUUAGCAAUGGAUUUAUCUACACUCGUUGUGGAACCUCUAUCCACAUCACUAAACAAGAGCAAUAUCGUGAUAACAGAAAAUUAUGGACUUGACGGAAGUAGCGGUUUUUGGUGGUUGAAAUUUACGUUUGACUACAUGCUGGAGAAAGCCAUUGCGAUGCGUCUGACGAAUUUCAAGUACGACUCGAAAGGCAAUAUUUGGACACUAGAGAUAGAGAAAUGCCACUAUCUGAGCAUUAAAAAUGCGGACAAUCGUGUGUCCUUUGAUAUGGAGGAUGAGCUCGUUAAUGUCAAUGAGUUGAAACGUCUUCGAGGAUGCGCGUUUAACAACGAGAAACUCCAAGAUUAUUUGGAAACAAACGUCGUGCCACUGAUAACAAAGAAAAUCAAGUAUACGAAAUUCGCCCCACAAUUUCGGUUUUUCCUCAGCCACAAAGCGAAGGACAAGCCUCUCAUGCGUACAUUUAAAGCUGGGCUAAAGUUUCUCGGGUAUUCGACGUGGAUAGACGAAUCCGAUAUGCCUAUUGUAGCACAUCUGCCGUCGGCUUUGAAGAUAUCGAUCGACGAUUGUGAUUGUUUUGUUGCUUGGCUGAACGAGGAAUAUUUCAAGAGCGAGUACUGCACAGCAGAGCUCUUAUACGCCAAAAAUCGUGGUAAGAUAAUUCUACCAUUUGGAGUAUUCAGCGAAAUUAAAACCCGGCUUCGCGAAGACGAAAACCUCAUAUUCUUGGAAGGCCUUUUAAUAAGUAACCCAAAUGAGAUGUCUUUCUUUGAAGUGUUGAGACGCAUCGAUGAAACAUUAUUCAAUUUUGAAAAGAUGGCUCUUCCUUCCUCUUAGACAGCUUCAAACAACAUCAUCAAUUUAUCGUAUAGUUUUAACAUUCAGCUGAUUUAUUUUAAUUAACAGAGCGUGAAAAUCACAGAGUAUACACAGAGGUCAGAGUAAAAGCCGCACGAGAGCUGAGCCGCAUCGUUGAAUCAUAAGCGUUAUAAAAAGAUAUAGUGUUUUAACCCAAUUAAAACUCUUUAAACUGAGGCUGAUUUUAUAAAAUUACUUAACUGGUAUCCAUGCUCAUCUGUCAAGUACGUGUAAUCAGGUUUUAUCAGUUUGGAUAUAUUUACUUAAAGCCAUCUUAAUUUGUAAUUCUAACUGAUAGACUUCUUGUGUACAAAUCCACAGGGUGCCCGACUAUGACUCCUACGCCUACUAACAAUGUAAAAUAAUAACAUUUUUCAACUUAUUUAAACUGGUAUUAAACGAAUGAC